UUGUGACAGGACUGGGAGGCUGCUGGGAAAAAAACAUGGCAGCUUCCUUUUAUUUGUGGGGAUUUGCUGCACUCCGAGAGAGUUUGUAAAUACAUUCCCCAGUCGACACACGGCUCGCAGCCGCAUACUCCAGCAAUCAUCCAGACAUUUUAAUCUGGAGCAGCGAGAUGGAGAAGAGCGGCAGCGUCGACAGUCUGGGCUCCAAACGAACCUCGUCCCGACAGCCAAGUGUUGAUUCAUUGUCGAGCUCAUCCACGUCUCGGUCCGACCGCUCCGCUCAGGUCAAGCCUUCCUCUGCCAUGUCCUCCGACUCUGUGUCCACCUCCACCGAGUUUUCCCCAGAGCUGCGGGUGAAGCCUAAACCUAAGCAGGCGCUUAGAGAUUCAGUCAAGGAGGAACCACAGUUACUUCCAAAUGAAAAAGUGCAAGACAUGGCCCAUGAUGUCACCUAUGUCUGUCCCUUCACUGGAGCAGUGAGGGGAAGCGUGACCGUUACAAACUACAGGCUCUUCUUCAAAUGCAUGGACCGGGAACCAGCGUUUUUGUUGGACCUUCCCCUCGGGGUGGUGAGUCGUGUGGAAAGGAUUGCAGCUGGAUCAAGCCGUGAUGUGUCCUAUGGACUAGUUUGCAAGGAUAUGCGUAAUCUACGCUUUGCACACAAACAGAUUGAGGACACGCUCAGGAAGUCCAUUUUCGAAGUGCUGAUGAAAUUUGCGUUUCCUGUUUCCAAUGGUCUGCAAAUCUACGCCUUUGAAUACACUCAGGUGUUUCCUGAAAAUGGAUGGAAGGUGUAUGAUCCCAUAACAGAGUACAAAAGACAGGGCAUACCCAAUGAAAGCUGGAGGAUAACCAAAGUUAAUGAUCACUAUGAGCUGUGUGAGACCUACCCAUCAACUCUGGCAGUGCCUGUCAACAUACCAGACGAAGAGCUGAAGAGGGUAGCUGCCUUCCGAGCGAAGGGAAGAAUCCCUGUGUUGUCCUGGAUCCAUCCGGAAAGCCAGGCAACAGUGACACGCUGCAGUCAGCCGAUGGUUGGGGUGAACGGCAAGCGCAGCAAAGAGGAUGAGAAAUACCUGCAGGCCAUCAUGGAUGCUAACGCUCAGUCACAUAAACUCUUCAUUUUUGAUGCCAGGCCCAGUGUCAACGCUGCUGCCAACAAGAUGAAAGGAGGCGGUUAUGAAAGUGAGGAUGCUUAUCAGAACGCUGAGCUGGUGUUCUUGGACAUUCACAACAUCCAUGUGAUGAGGGAGUCGCUUCGCAAGCUGAAGGAUGUGGUUUACCCCAACAUAGAGGACUCGCACUGGUUCUCCAACCUGGAGUCCACUCACUGGCUUGAACACAUCAAGCUGAUCCUGGCAGGAGCUCUGAGGAUCGCAGAUAAAGUAGAGUCUGGGAAAACGUCAGUGGUGGUUCACUGCAGUGAUGGAUGGGACCGCACAGCACAGCUCACCUCUUUAGCCAUGCUCAUGCUGGACGGCUACUACCGUACCAUUCGUGGCUUCGAGGUGCUGCUAGAGAAAGAGUGGCUGAGCUUCGGGCACCGCUUCCAGCUGCGUAUUGGUCAUGGAGAUAAAAACCACACAGACGCCGACCGUUCACCGGUUUUUAUUCAGUUCAUCGACUGUGUCUGGCAGCUGACUCGUCAAUUCCCCGCAGCCUUCGAGUUUAAUGAAUACUUCCUGGUAACCAUCCUGGACCACUUGUACAGCUGCCUGUUCGGGACGUUCCUGUGUAACAGUGAACAGCAGAGGUUGAAGGAAGAGAUUCCAAAGAGGACGGUGUCUUUGUGGUCUUACAUUAACAGCCAACUGGAGGAUUUCACCAAUCCUUUGUAUGUGAACUACUCCAACCAUGUGCUGUUCCCUGUAGUCAGUUUGCGCCACCUGGAACUUUGGGUUGGCUACUACAUCCGGUGGAACCCUCGCAUGAGACCUCAGGAACCUGUUCAUCAGCGCUACAAGGAGCUGUUAGCAAAGCGCGCUGAGCUGCGGAAAAGAGUGGACGACCUGCAGCGAGAGGUGACGAACCGAUCGGCCUCCUCCUCGUCUGAGCAGCCAGGCUCCCCCACACGCUCCAUCACUCCUGUGCAGACUUUUGUUUGACAAAACCACGCUUCAGUUUCACUCCUAUAAGAAGGUGCAAUAGAGUAGUAACAAGGCCACAAAUGGCACCAUGAAAGACCUGUGUAUCAAACUGCCACAAUAGGUGACAAGCCAUGUUUAUACACUACCACCCAAACUCUGAUUGUCAAGCAGGUGAGUGUACUUGCAGGUGCAUGUAGAAUCUGUUUGCAUCAGAACAGCGUCUGGCUCAGCGUCUUGACUACAGGCGCUUUGUACAAUUCCUCCAGGGUUGACAGGUGGUCCAGCAAAUCCACCUACCCUACCUACGAUCAAUGUUUAGUUGAAGUACACUAAAAUGUUCCUCGGGUUAAAUUCAAUUCAUAUGCCUUACUGUACACUCCUUAUAGGAACACUAAUGUCAUCCCACUGCACUGAACAAGUUUGUAAGAUAUUGACUUGAUGAGAAGUAGCAGUUGUGAAGAUGAACAAUGCUGCAAAUACUAGUUACUUUAAGCUUGAAACUGUCAUUCUAACACUAACUGAAUGGCUUUGGGAGUUGUUAAAUGUUCUAAAUGUAGCUAUAAAGGGCUAAAAGUAUAGCAUCUGCCAACUACAAUAGUCAUACAGUGCAUUAAACGUAAGUGUUUUAUGGACACUUAAUGUCACACAACAUUGCUCUCAUUAAGACUAAGGUUUUGUAGGUUUCAUUUCUCUAACUAGUUAACAUUAUUUAUUACCAUUUUAGUCCAGACUAGUAUGUGUGAUUCAUAAAUAAACGGUCUCAUAUCAUAAGCAAUAUUCUUAACAUGACCCUAUUUCUUCCCUUAAUAAGCUGCCAGAAUAUGCAAUAGUUCAUUAGUCCCAAAUGAUGCAGAAUGCUAUUACAUUUUUUACACCUAGUGUCAAACAAUUCUUUUUUUGCGCGUGUAGCAGAAUAUGUAUUAACUAUAAUACGCUCUGGGUGUUUAUUCUUGAUUUAAGAUGAAUGAUAAUCGGUGCCUUGUUCAGAGUAAGACUCAGUACUGUUUGAGCAUUUAUGUGACGUGAGCAGAACUCCCUCAGGUCCAGAUCCUGGAUUUAACUGUUUCAAACGGUAGCAGUGCCCCAGUUAAAUUAAUUUGUAUGUUAGUGAUCCUAGGUUCCCAAUGUUAUCAUUGGAGUUAAAAUAAUUAUGAAACUGCAGUCGCUUUAAAAGAAGUAGCAUGACCAUUCAGUCUGUUUUAUACUCAGGCAUCAAUACUGGAUUUGAUAUAUUUAGCUAUUAAAGGUUUGCUCAUUUUUAUGUAACCAGCAAACUUUCAAAACUUGUUUUCAUACAACAGCAGAGUCAAACUGUUAUGUAUCAAUUCAGUUAAUAAAAAUGCUAAAACAAGACUUUGUUUAUUUUGUUAUAGCUAACUUUUAUGAACAACAAAAAACUAAAAUAAAAUGUAUUAUUGUUAGUUUUCUCUCUUCUUGAUUGUGCACAUUAAUUAAACAAGCCUAAAUGAAAUGUUAUUAUUGUGCUAUUGUGAUACAAAUAAACUUAGUUUCAAGUC